UUGUGUGGAAAAAAAAAACUUUUUUUAAGGGAGCCAUGUUUGACCGGCUAAGGAGCAAAAAGAAGCAAAUAAAAUCGAAACGAGUUCACGGUGAUACCCCCUUAUUCCUUCCUACAUAAUCAUGACUUCUUUAGAAUCAAAGAAAAAAGAUGAACGAGCCGAUCAAAAAUUUUGGCACAUCAAGAAGUUCCGACUAGUGCAAACGAAUAAGCCAACCGUAGUCCCAGCGAGCUCCCCGGAGCAACCUGGAGCAGGUAGUCAUCGCAAUCACCAUGCCACACAAACCGAAACGACGACGGCAGACACGACCAAAAAUAAACGUCUAAGCUCGUUAUUGUCCAAUCGUCGGCAACAAGUGAUGCCGCAGUCGGGAAAAAAUAGCGUGGCUGCGCGAAAAGGGAUGCCAUCGACAAUGAGUGUCCAGAACCUAUCAACGUACACGCAAGCUUCCAAGUCACCGGCCCAGCAACGAAUAGCUCGAGGAACCCGUCAACGAACGGUAUCCCAUUCAGCCGGCAUGUCUCCAGCAACGAUAGGUGAACCAAAGACAACACCAAUCAAACCUGACAAUAGUACCCUCGCCGCCAGAAGAAAGAGCACAGGCACUAAAGCGACCGAAGUCGGAACUAACCAGCCUGUCAAACCGUCUGCCACGUCUAAAGAGAAACCCAUUCGUCAACGUGGGUCGAUAGUGUCCGAUACCGUAGACGAUGACUACGCCGUGGUCGAUAUUGACGGAUCGAUCCGCUGUGUGGAAGACGAACGGGCGACGACACAUCGUCAUCAACGUUCUUCCACAGGUUCCACCAAGACAGCCGCUUAUUCACCAUCUCAACGGUUGCGCAGUAACCCUUCGACGGGAUCCUGUACUGCCGUGCGACCCUUAUCUGUCCAUUCGCCUAUUCAACGAGUCGUGCCUGUGCACGAAUCUCGAAGCGUGUCCGAUCGAGCCACUCAUAACGACAUUGUCACUGCUGAUAAACGAAGAUAUUCCAGCAUUGACAUUGUAUCCUCAUCAAACGCCAGUAAAGUAACAGAAACAGUAACUGUACCCGUAGCCGUAGCAGCAGCCUCAGAACCCGACAAGCCAAAGUCAAACGGUUCAGAAACAAAAUCGCCGCCAUCGCCAGAAAUUGAUCCACCACUACAAUCAAAUAACCUCAAACCCGAAACAGUGGUGCCAUCUUCAUCCUCCACCACGACGUGUCAAUCCAAUUACAGUAGCAUUUCAGACCAGCCUAGCGAAUUAGUCACCACAGUGACAGAUGCGUCAUCUGUAAGCGGGCCCGACCUUGUUAGUUCACAGGAUAAUCCCGUCGCCCCCACCGAAUGGCAACGACAGUUACAACAAGAACGAGCAGUGGUCAAAGUAUUACAAUUACAGAAAGAAGUCGUCAUGUGGAUGAAGUAGUUACUGAAAACGAGGAAUUCAAGCGAAAAAUCAAUACUGAAAAGGAACAUAACGAUAAACUACGGGAACAGCUGUUAACCGCGUUACAUCAACUUGAGAACUCGCAAAAAGAGA